AUGGCGAACGAAAGUGGCACUGCAUCCAUGAGGGGCAUCAAGCCAUUGACGGUUGUCCUCAAGCUGGGAACCAGCUCUAUUGUCGACGAGGAAACUCACCAGCCUCUUCUGUCCAUACUGACGCUCAUUGUUGAGACGGCCAUCAAGCUGAAGAAGGAUGGCCAUCGCGUGAUCAUUGUUUCUUCCGGCGCCAUCGGCGUCGGUCUUCUUCGUAUGGAAAUGGAUCACAGGCCAAAACACCUGUCGGCAUUGCAGGCCUUGGCAGCAAUUGGCCAAUGCAGGCUCAUUAGCCUCUGGGACAGUCUGUUUAUGCACUUCAGGCAACCGGUGGCACAAAUCCUUCUCACGAGGAAUGACAUUGCCGAUCGGACAAGAUACACCAAUGCGCAAAACACGAUGAAUGAGCUGCUCGGCCUUGGUGUCAUUCCCAUCGUCAACGAGAACGACACCAUUGCCGUGUCAGAAAUCAAGUUUGGCGACAAUGACACGCUAUCCGCUAUCACUGCCGGCAUGGUCCAUGCCGACAUGCUGUUCCUCAUGACCGAUGUCGACUGUCUGUACGACAAGAACCCCCGGACACAUCCCGACGCGAAAGCGAUUGAGAUUGUGGAAGACAUAUCGACUCUCGAGGCAGAUGUUUCCGGCGCCGGUUCCUCGCUCGGUACCGGCGGCAUGAUGACCAAAAUCAUCGCCGCCCGCCUCGCGACCUCUGUUGGCGUCACAACUAUUGUCACUCGCUCUUCAAAUCCUGGCAACAUCCUUGAGAUUGUCCGGUACGAACACGCUGCUCGAAACAUUCUGCAAGCCGCCAACAUCCCCAACCAAGACGACGAAGAGGGCAUGGAGGAGUUCCUCGCCGCCUCCACAGCCUCCAUCCAGCUCGACAAUCUCGAGAAGCCUCCGCUACACACCUGCUUCCUGCCGUCCGCAGAGCCCAUUCACGAUCGCCACUUCUGGCUCCUCCACACACUGCGUCCCAACGGCACGAUUUACAUCGAUGCAGGGGCCCACAGUGCCCUCCUUCGCAAGGCAGGUCUCCUUCCCGCAGGUGUCCUCGACGUAGAGGGCAGCUUUGCCCAACAUGAGUCAGUCCGCCUCGUCGUCGUGGACCGUCUUCACGUCCCCUCCCCUACAGGUCGCAUCUGGGGCGGCAACCCUACCGAGGUCGGCCGUGCCCUGGUCAAUUACGCGGCGCACGAGGUCGGUCGUAUCAUGGGCCAUCAGAGCGCCGAGAUUCAGGGCCUCCUUGGCUAUGCCGACAGCGAGUACGUGGCUGAACGCCAGCACAUCAGUCUCUUCAGGCGGGAGAGCCGGCCCCAGACGCCGAGUUUCGAGGUCGUUAAGGAGGUCGCCGAGACUCUGGGCGCGGGCAUCUCAGGCUACGAGGCACGAGUGUAG